AUGGCUGAACCGAUCUCGGCUUCGGCAUCCUCCGAAAAUGAGCCGAUCCAGAACACCAAGCGCGUUUGGUAUCGAACAACCUUGUUCAACGCCUUUAUUAUCGGUGGCGUUGGAUUUCUCGCGCCAGGAUUGUGGAAUGCGAUGAACUCGCUCGGUGCCGGUGGCGCUGAAUCACCGUUUUUAAUCAAUGCUGCAAAUGCUUUGGUUUUUGGUCUGAUGGGAUUUCUCUGUGUUUUUGGAGGUCCGAUUGCGAAUCGCAUCGGUAUGAACUGGACCUUAGUCCUUGGUGCCGUUGGAUAUCCCGUUUACUCAGCUGCGCUAUACACAAAUAAUCGCUAUGGAAAUGUGUGGUUUGUCCUCGUUGGUGCAGUCGCCUGUGGCUUGUCGGCGGGUCUUUUCUGGGCAUCUGAAGGUGCCGUGGCGCUCGGAUAUCCCGAGCCAUCUAAAAGAGGACAGUAUAUGAAUAUCUGGCUUUGGUUCCGUACCGGCGGACCUCUCUUGGGAAGCGCUAUCGUCCUGGGGCUUAACCACUCUUCAGUUUCAGAGAGCAAAGGAAAGGUUGGAUCAGAAUGGUUCAAUAUAGAAACCUACCUUAUCUUUGUCGCCCUGCAGUGUUUAGCCGUACCGCUUGCUAUCUUUCUCACUCGGCCUGAAAAUGUGCAACGUAGCGACGGAAGUUCCGUUCGAGUUGUCCGACAGGACUCAUGGAAGGCCGAAAUGGUUGAAUUGUGGAAAGUAACUCGCCGAAAGGAUAUUCUCCUCCUUUUGCCUGUCUUCUGGGCGGCCUAUUUCAAUCAGUACACCGGAAACUUUGAGACAUACUAUUUCGGAGUGCGAGCCCGAGCUCUUAUUGGGCUAGUCAGCUACCUUGCCGCCCUUGUUUCAUCAUGGAUUAUCAGCCGCUUCUUGGACUACCAGAAACUGGCAGUCAGGAGUCGAAUCACCUACAGUUUCUACUAUGUCAUUUUGCUCCACAUUAUUGCAUGGGUUUACGGAUGGGUUAUUCAAGAGCAAUACACCUCUAACCCACCCUCACUUGACUGGUCUGACAAGGGCUUCGUGAAGGGCAUGUUUGUAAUUCUCCUCUGGCAAUUCUCUCAACAAGCGUUGCAAAACUGGCUGUACUAUCUUCUUUCAACCAUGACAGAUAACAUUUCGGAAUUAUCUCGUUUGUCCGGAAUUCUCCGUGGCCAGGAGAGCUUUGCUCAGGCAGUUUCAUAUGGAAUCAAUACCCGUGAUUGGUACGGAGGAAGAGUUCCUCUUGCAGUCAACACCAUUCUUUUGGGACUUGCUGUAUUUCCUACUUGGCUGGUCAUUAACAGCCAUGUGCCACUUGAAAACAGCAAAAACGACGAAACGUAUAACCAACGCAGUGAUGAAGAGACGGGUUCAACGAAUUCGAACGCGAAAGAGGCUGUUGUCUCUGGAGCUGAGGUGAAUAAGGAGUGA